GAAAGUUUUGAGUUGGAAUCUGUGUGGCUGUUCAGCGCUUUCUCGUGCAGUUUCCCACCUGCAGCUCCAAAUGUAUAGCAUGUUGGACACCGACAUCAAGAGCCCCGUGCAGCAGAGCAAUGCACCGAUCGGGGGCCCCGCUACUCCGGGGGGCAAAGGCAACGCUUCCACCCUGGAUCAGGAUCGGGUGAAGCGCCCGAUGAACGCGUUUAUGGUUUGGUCCCGGGGCCAGCGAAGAAAGAUGGCCCAGGAGAACCCCAAGAUGCACAACUCGGAGAUCAGCAAAAGAUUGGGCGCUGACUGGAAGCUGCUCAGCGAUUCCGACAAAAGACCCUUCAUCGACGAGGCCAAGAGGCUGAGAGCUGUGCACAUGAAAGACUACCCGGAUUACAAGUACCGACCCCGUAGGAAGACCAAGACUCUCCUGAAGAAGGACAAGUAUUCUCUUCCCGGCAACCUCUUGGCUCCAGGAGUAAGCCCGGUGGCUAGCAGUGUCGGAGUGGGCCAGAGGAUAGACACUUACGCGCACAUGAACGGCUGGACUAAUGGCGCUUAUUCCCUGAUGCAGGACCAGUUGGGCUACAGCCAACACCCGGCCAUGAACAGCCCCCAGAUGCAGCAGAUCCAGCACAGGUAUGACAUGAGCGGCCUCCAGUACAACCCUAUGAUGACCUCUGCCCAAAAUGCCUACAUGAAUGCCGCUGCCUCCACCUACAGCAUGUCCCCUGCCUACAACCAGCAGAGCUCCACGGUCAUGAGCUUGGCUUCCAUGGGCUCAGUGGUGAAAUCCGAACCCAGCUCCCCCCCUCCAGCCAUCACCUCCCACACACAGAGGGCCUGCCUGGGAGACCUGCGAGAUAUGAUCAGCAUGUACCUGCCCCCAGGUGGAGACGCCAGCGACCCUUCACUUCAAAAUAGCAGACUGCACAGUGUACACCAACACUACCAGAGUGCCGCCGGCCCUGGAGUCAAUGGCACGGUACCGCUCACUCACAUAUAACACUUUGUGCCCUUUGCUAAAGACGCUUUACUUGCCUGCUGGCAACUAUCAGACUGCCGCAUAAAACAUUUAAAAAAAAAAAUCCACUUGAGGACAAUGAAUCAAGGGUGUAAUUUUGUACAAACGUUUGCGCAAACUUCCUUUUUAUAGAGCACAAUAUUUUAUGUACUUUUUGUUUGGGGGGGUAGGGAUGAUGUGUUGGGCUUUCAAAAACCCAGGGACUCUAGAUGUCCUUUUUAUCCCAUUGACAAGGACCUGGUAACCUUCACUUGUACAAGUUGUGAUGUUCUUAACCAUAACUCGAUGUUUACACGUUUUAACGACACGCUCAAGAUUUACUUGGGUUUUUAUCCAAAACUGUAGAUUUUAUCGUUUGCAUUUUUUUUAGACUUUACAAAAAAGCUGUGCGGGUCGCAAACAGGACUUUUUGUUUUGUUCUUUUAACUUAUAGUAUGUAUAUAUUUUGUGAAAUCCACUUUUUUCCCCCUUUGGUUCGUAUUUACUGUGAAUUGUUUAACAUAUCAACCCACAAAUGCUUUAGAUUGUUUUACUGGGUUUCUAAAGACUUUGACAUGAAAGUAAACGACAUACUCAAUAAAUUUUUCUAUGAGGAAUGUA